GGGCGCAUGUGACGUAACGUAACAUAUGCGGGUACAACAGAAGCAUAGUGAACAAAUAUUGGAUUGGAUUUGGAUAGGGUUUGUGUUUCUUCUUUCUCUGUUUCCUUCCAUUUCCAAUUUUCAAACCCUAAAAUCUCUGUUUCUUCUUCUUCUUCUUCUUCUUCUUCUUCUUCUUCUUCUUCUUCUUCUUCUUCGUACUCUCAAUUCCAUUCCAUACAACAAAUCAUUGCUGCUAUCAAUUCCAUUCCACAACAAUGUCAUUUUCAACCAUCACUUGUAAUUUUCCAGAAACUCCCAAAUUUCAAUUACUUCCAAAACCUAAUUUCAUUCCUUCAACUAAAUCAACCACAACAACACAACAACAACUUCCAAACCCUAAUUUCAUUCCUUCAACUAAAUCAACAACAACACAACUACUUCCAAAACCUAAUUUCAUUCCUUCAACUAAAUCAACAUCAACACAACAACUUCCAAACCUUAAUUUCAUUCCUUCAACUAAAUCAACAACAACAACAACACAGCAACUUCCAAACCUUAAUUUCAUUCCUUCAACUAAAUCAACAACAACAAAGAUAUACUCUCAAUUGCAUCAUCAAGAUGACCAACACCAACACACUACUCUUGUUUCCUCAUUCAAUCAAUUGCUCCGUCAGAACAAGCCUACACCAAAGACAAUCCAAUUUAACAAAAUCUUAACUUCCCUUGUCAAACUCAAACACUACUCAACUGUUAUUUCACUUCAUCAACAGAUGGAAUUCAACGGAAUUGAGUCAAACUUUGUCACUUUCAGCAUCUUGAUCAAUUGUUUUUCUGAAUUAGGUCAAAUUUCUCUUUCAUUUGCUGUAUUUGCCACUAUUCUCAAAAAGGGUUAUCACCCAAAUACCAUAACCUUUACUACACUCAUCAAGGGUUUUUGUCUCAAAGGUGAGAUCCAUAAAGCAUCGAACUUUCUUCACAAGUUGGUUGCACACAGAUUUCAAUUGAAUGAAAAUAGCUACGCAACUUUGAUUAAUGAGUUAUGUAAAGUUGGAGAAAUGUACAAAGCUAAGGAUAUACUUAACACUAUGGAUAAGAAUGGAGUGCCUCCUAAGACUUGGAGCUACACUGUCUUGAUUAAUGGAUUUUGUAAGCUUAAAAUGGUAGAUGAGGCCGUGAAUCUCUUCAAUGAAAUGCAUCGUAGAAUAAUUAUUCCGAAUGUGGUGACUUACAGUUCACUUAUUGAUGGUUUGUGCAAGUUGGGAAGAGUCGAAUAUGCUUUGGAGCUUGUUGAUGAAAUGCGUUGUAGAAAAAUUAUUCCUAAUGUGGUGACUUACACUUCACUUAUUGAUGGUUUGUGUAAAUCAGGAAGAAUCGAAAAGGCUUUGGAGCUUGUUGAUGAAAUGCAUCAUAGAAAAAUUAUCCCUAAUGUGGUGACUUACACUUCACUUAUUGAUGGUUUGUGUAAAUCAGGAAGAAUCGAAAAUGCUUUGGAGCUUGUUGAUGAAAUGCAUCAUAGAAAAAUUAUCCCUAAUGUGGUGACUUACACUUCACUUAUUGAUGGUUUGUGUAAAUCAGGAAGAAUCGAAAAGGCUUUGGAGCUUGUCGAUGAAAUGCAUCAUAGAAAAAUUAUCCCUAAUGUGGUGACUUACAGUUCACUUAUUGAUGGAUUGCGUAAAUCAGGAAGAAUCGAAAAGGCUUUGGAGCUUGUCAAUGAAAUGCAUCAUAGAAAAAUUAUCCCUAAUGUGGUGACUUACAGUUCACUUAUUGAUGGUUUGUGUAAAUUGGGAAGAAUCGAAUAUGCUUUGGAGCUUGUCAAUGAAAUGCGUUGUAGCAAAAUUAUUCCUGGUGUGUUAACUUACAAUUCUAUAUUGGAUGCUUUGUUCAAAAACCAUCGUGUUGACGAGGCAAUUGCAUUGUUAACCAAAAUUAUAGAGAAGGGUAUUCUGCCAAACAUGCAUACGUACACUAUUCUUAUCAAUGGAUUGUGUAAAUGUGGAAGACUGGAGGAUGCAAGAAAGGUUUUUGAAGAUCUUUUGGUCAAAGGCUACGGUCUAAAUGUCUAUACAUAUACUGCUAUGAUCAAGGGAUUUUGCAAUGAGGGCUUGUUUGACGAAGCAUUGACCAUGCUAUCAAAAAUGGAAACCAAUGGUUGCAUUCCUAAUGAUAAAACUUAUGAAACAAUUAUUCCUUCCCUCUUUGAAAAAGGUGAAAAUGAUAAAUCAGAGAAACUUGUUCAUGAAAUGAUUGAAAGAGGUCUAUUAUAUGAUCAAAACUAGAAAAGUUGCAUUGGUUCAGUGGUGAAGGGGUUAUGUACAGAAUUUGAAGGUGGGCGCAUGACUCAAACCACAAACCCCUCAAUGAUUGCAACAGACUCAGGGCUGGCCCAAAGCAAGCGCAACCAGCUCUAUCAAGCCAGACCUCAAAAAUUUUGGGGUCCAAUUCCAUUUUUGAGGGUCCAAUGUUUAGUAGGUAUGGAAACAUGUUGUCCAGAAAGGAGACACGGUCAUCGAUGCCACGUGCGGUAAUGGUUUUGACACCUUAGCAUUGCUCAACUUGGUUGCUGAUGAUGAUUCACAUAAUGGUUACGUGUAUGCAUUGGACAUUCAGAAAGAUGCUUUAGAUAAGACUUCAUUGUUGCUGGAGGAAUCACUUAAUUCCAAUGAGGUGAGGAGGACUAUAAAGGAGUGCAGGUUUCCACUUUGAUUUGGUUAAGAAUUUUGAUUUCAUUUAUGUAUUGUUGGCUCGAAAAACAUUUGUCGCAGUUACUAUUGAUGCAAUUUCAUGAAAAUUUAAGUCUGAGCUCUAUCUUAAUAAGCUGCGUAGUUUUAGGCUUAUUGCCUUCAACUUAGGUUACCUUCCGGGAGGCGACAAAGAAAUAAUAACAAGAUCAGAAACAACAUUACUGGCAUUGGAAGCUGCAAAGAGAAUUCUAAUACCAGGAGGACUCAUUGGCAUUGUGGUAUAUAUCGGCCACCCCGGUGGAAGGGAAGAAUUGGAGGCUGUUGAAACUUUUUCUGCUAAAUUGUCUGUUGAGAAUUGGAUCUGUUGCAAGCUUCAAAUGUUAAACCGGCCAUGUGCUCCGAUACCAAUUUUCUUGUUCAGAAGAUAAUGUAAAUACCUGC